UACUGCAUUAGUAGUACAAUGGAAACAUGCAGUACUAGAAGUAAUCGAUAUUAAGCAUGCGUCAUUGAGGAGUGACAUUUUGUGAGCUAAAUUUGAAACUGAGAAAAAUAGACACGAUUGUGAAUUCGUAUUUUUGAAGCGCCUCCACAAAAUCUCGUAAUAAACGAGACACAGUAUAUCUCAAAGAUGGCUGCAUGUCUUAUCAUGACUUGAAUCUGGAAAAUGUAUUUACUUUUCAGUCAUACACGUAUCAUGUUGAAAGUGGAUGGGUGGUUGCUAUCGCAAGAUGAAAUAUUUUUGCGGCUAGUCUAACAAGUGCGAUGGCGGACGAGGAUGCCGAACGACAUGCCUUAGAUGUUUGCCAGUCAAUGAUUGACAUUUCUGCUAAUCGCUUAGAAGGAUUGAGAACACAAUGUGCAACGAGUGCAGAACUUACACAGCAAGAAAUCAGAACGUUAGAGGGAAAACUGAUAAAGCUCUUUUCAAAACAACUGGUCACGAAAGCAAAACUUGGAGAUUCACUCCCACCUGAGAUAAGACAUCUGCCAUCUCUAAGACAGUGGUUAUUGGUUGUAGGUCUCAGCCCUGAAUCCAUAAAGGCUGUUUGCGAGAAAGUGAUAUCCUUAGAAGCAUUAAGAGAGAGAUCAGAAAGGGAGAUAAGGAUGUUGGUUCUUGACAGAAAUGCGUGCAAUUUGUCAUAUGAAGAGAGGACUGCAAGGGAGGAAGAAGUCAGAAGGCUCAAUCGUGCUCUGCAUAACCUUAGAAAAUACACUGAGGCGCUAAUGUGUGGCAAAGGGGUGGUGGGAGAAGAGAUGGCCUUGUACUGGGAUUCAUGGGACAGACACCAGGUACUGAAAGGCAGCAGUAACUCAUCCCCAAGACCUCCCAGAACUAGAGCAUCACGUUCUUCAGUUCCCUCUGAGGAUUUCUUGCAACAGAGUGGGUCAGGUGGUAGCAGUACACUCACUGGUUCAGGAUCUGUGUCAUCGCUGCCUCGCUAUACACCACCCAACACUCCGCCUGUAAGCAAGAGUCGCUCAGGUGAACGUGUGAAGUUUCCAACAACACCACCACCACGCAAAAAGCACCAGACUGGACUCCUGCCUGAAGCGUAUCCCCUAACCAAGUCAAAGAGCCAUGAGUCUCAGCUGGCAAAUCGGGUGGAUGGAGGAGACAGCAGUGGCGCAAGCAAUGAGCAUAUUCCAGGAACAGGUGGUAGGCUGAUGCGCCGGGGUCGGCUGCCAACAGAGCCAGGACCCAACUGCAGUAGUGAUCUAAUUGGCCAAGAAAACACCUCGCCCCAGCUUGGCAGCCCCUCAAGAGCUCCACCUAGUCCAGCAUUGCCUGAUGAUCCCUCCAAUAAGGCAACACUUCAGGUUCCAAAGUCUCCAAGGACACCUACAGUUUCACGUGGAAUGGGUCACAUGAUUGCACAUCGCUUCACAAAAGCAUUUAAAGUGAUGACAACUUGUGAUUACUGUGACAAGCAGAUGUUCUUAGGCACAGGUCUGAAGUGCAAGGAGUGCAAAUAUAAAUGUCACAGGGAAUGUGAGAGCAAAGUGCCCCCAAGUUGUGGCUUACCUAGGGAAUUCCUUGAUGAAUUUCGUCGGCAGUUGCAGCCAGAUGCAGUAUUCACAUCUAACCAGUCUCCAAGCUCCGGGCGACCAAGUCAGUCUUCUCCAAGUCAUCACCCAUCGGUGCUGUUGACGUCGUUUGGAUGGAGAGACCGUAAACGUUCACAUCCACAGCCUUCUGUUAAUGUUCAAGCAUUUCCGGGUCCUGAUUCAAGUUCAAACACAUCUUCUUGUAACAGCUCAACUCCAUCAAGUCCGGCACUUGUCAUGACAGCCCAUACCCCUCAUGCUGCUUCUAAACAACAGUUUCAUUUUCCAGAUGAGAAUUCGCAGCCUGAGAAGGGUGUCACCUUAGAGACACAUCCAUUGGCUCCUUCUGCAUCAACUCCAGUUAGUAGUUCUUCUGUCAUUACAAAUACUUCAGUAAAGACAACAGAGACGGUGGAGAGUGAUGACCUUGCAGACACAUCAAAGUCAAAUGACAGUGAGCGUACUGUGUCUGGUAGUGACAGUGAACGUACACCUGUGCGGGUUGACUCCCAGGAUAGUCAAGUGUCUGAUGGGGAAGCAGUUGAACGAACCUGGCCCAGACAAAACAGUCUUUCAAUGAGGGAGUGGGAUAUCCCAUUUGAUGAACUGAAGAUGGGUGAGCCAAUUGGUACUGGAAGGUUUGGAACUGUGUACCGUGGGAACUGGCAUGGUGACGUGGCUAUUAAGGUUCUCAACACACACCACCUGGAUGAUGAGAAGACACUUGAGGCCUUCAAGCUUGAGGUUGCAACAUUCCGGAAGACAAGGCAUGAAAACCUGGUUCUUUUUAUGGGUGCUUGUAUGAAGCCACCACGACUUGCCAUAGUGACAAGUAUGUGUAAAGGAAUGACGCUGUAUACACACAUACAUUUGCGUAAAGACAAGUUCAAUAUGAACAAAACCACUAUUGUUGCUCAGCAGAUAUCUCAGGGAAUGGGAUACCUUCAUGCAAGAGGCAUCAUUCACAAAGAUCUGAAGAGCAAGAAUAUAUUCUUAGAAAAUGGGAAGGUUGUGAUCACUGACUUUGGCUUGUUCAGUGUUACAAAGCUGUGCUAUGGAAAUAGGAAAGGUGAUGGCUUGAGCAUCCCUCCAGGAUGGUUGUGCUAUUUGGCUCCUGAAAUUGUUCGGAGUCUGCGGGCAAGACAAAAGCCUGAUGAAGAAGAACUGCCUUUCACCAAGGCUUCAGAUGUCUAUGCUUUUGGGACGGUAUGGUAUGAACUGCUAUGUGGUGAAUGGCCGUUCAAGGCACAGCCUCCUGAAGCCAUUAUUUGGCAAGUGGGAAAAGGAAUGAAGCAGUCACUAGCAAAUUUGCAGGCCUCCAGAGAUGUCAAAGACAUCCUGAUGCUUUGCUGGUCCUUCCGACCUUCGGAUAGACCAGAUUUCACUUUGCUCCUCAAGACACUGGAAAAGCUGCCAAAGAAGCGCCUAGCACGCAGUCCGUCACAUCCUAUCCACCUGUCACGCUCUGCGGAAUCUGUGUUCUGAUGCUAUCUAUUUAUUGCAGUAGCCCUGUAUUAGCUUUUCUGCAUACAAGAUUAUCAUCACAGCAGACUGAAUGCAUGUGCUCAGAAAGUUACCGUAUCAUCGUGUGUACAGUACUUCUCUCUUUGUUAAUAUUAUUAGGAAUGUGGGACGGGUUGUUAUAAUUGUGUUGAUUAUUAAAAUAUUAACUUGUUUUUUACUUCAUAAUACAAAAAGCCAUUGAUAACGGAGACUAUAUACUCAAUAAUUUGUCUUUUUCAGCAGCCUUGCCAUAAUGUUAUCUGUUUGUAAAUUCUCACAGUGAAACCUCAUUUUUACAUUUCCUUUGUAAUGUGGGUCUAGUUGUGUAUUUGUAACUUAAAAAGUCAAGUAGCUAUCAUGUAAGAAUGAGAUUGUUUACAAAGGAACACAAAUAACUGUAAUGAAUGCUUGGCACUUAUGACUUUAAUCUGAAAGUUCUUUCUUCAGUCGUUUUAAUUACAGACCUACUAUUAAAGGUUUUUCUGAUCAGCAUACAUAGAUCCACCAAAAAAAGUCUCUUCUCUUUCCAUUCAGUAGAUCACUUUCUGGCUUCAUCUGUAUUUCACAUCACAUUUAGCAUUAGUAUAAACUUGUCAAUACAUAAAACUAAAUUCAGGAUUGCUGGAAUACAGAUUAUGUGCUGUAAACAAAACAUUGAGUUAUUCCCCACAAAAUGGUAUAAUUAGUUAGAUAAAAUCCAUCUGGUAUGUUAACCAUCCCAGAUUUUUUUAAAUUUUGUGUACACGUUUGCUAAAUGUCCAUAGAAAAAUAAAUACAUGUCAAUUGCACGGAUUCCAAUACUUCAUAAAAAUGAGUAUCAAAAUGUCAUGGCGACAUUUCAGAAAUUUUGACAAAGUUUGGAGUUCUGUAAAUCACUGAAUAAUUCUAAUGAAGCUGCAAAGCAUGGCAAGAUGAUUGAAAAUUGGCAGUGUGCACAUUGUAUAAGUUUUGUUAUUUGAUUGUAUAUUUUUACUCCAAUUACUCAAGAAAUUUUGUUAAUACAAAAUUUCUCCUAAUUAGCUUCAUCUUUUCAUAUGAUUGGUGUCUGAAUCUCCCCUUUUGCAGCAAUGUUGUGUAGUUGUGUGUUCAUAAAACAUGCAAAUUUCAUCACCAUUAGAUUUUUAGUUUUUGAGAUUUAAGGGCCCGAAGUUGACCAAAAAAAGUUAUUUUCAUAUCUUUGUGUCUCAUAUAGAAGCACUUUCUAAACUAGCUGUGAGGCUACAUAACAUGGAAAAUUGUUUGCAGAAAACAUAUAUGACUCCUAUUGGUACUUGAAGCAAUGACAGAGAAUCAAAUGACACAAAACUUACAGUAUGUGCACAAUGAAAACAUUUGAACCUUUCGGACAAGUUUUUCAGCUUUACAACAAUCGUUCUUUGAAACACAGCACAUCAAACCAGGCUGAAAUAUUUGAAAUGUCAUGACAUUGUCUUCCUUCACUUAAAUGGUUACUACUCAGACAUAUUAAAAUAUGUGAAUUAGAUACGCAAUUAUUUUACUUUGGUAAUUUAGCAUACCUGCACACACAAUUUGAAUAGUAUCUGGGAUACUUAGUGGGGAUCCCUAUUCCACUUGAUAUGGAAUCAGUGCCAUCUAAAAUGUGAAAAUCAUGUUUCACAUUCAACUCACAUACCAAGCAUUUCACUCUUGUGCACAGCUGGUUCAAGCAAUUUACCUCUUUAAUGAGAAUAAGACUUGUCUGUGAAAGUGAGAACAGCUAAAUUGGUGCUCGUAAACACACCGGGUUCUUUUAGUUGUGUCAUUAUUUUGGAAUUGUCUCAGUAGAUAGACAAAAAACAAAUUCACAUACAUACGGAGUCACACAAAGACAGGUACUUCCAGCACUGUGAUCUUCAUAAAUCCUACAUAGCUUCUUCGACCUUUUAAUAUAAUUAAAAUAACUUAUUUGUUGACCUCCAUUAUGUGCCAUUAUUGUGUUGCCACAGCAGCUGCUACCUACACAGACAGUAUACAGUCAACAGUAUUUAAACAGCCUGUGGGCAGAGCUUAGUGAUCUGGUUGAUAAGUGGUGAUUGUUCUGAACAUUAGCUGCAAGUGAAAUAUUGUGGUGUGACACAUUGGCAACAGCAAACAAUUUGUGCAUUGUAUUCUGAGGUCCGAUUGGAGGAACUCUGUUCUAAAGUGUAAAAGUCAACAACAAAAAUAAUUUUAAUCAGACUAUAGCGUAUGAGCUUGAUAUUGUAAUAUAGGGUUUGACUUAGAAUGUUUUUGUUAGCCUUUAUCGAUGGUGUAUGUAAUGUCUUUUUCAAGAAAACCAAGAUAUGUUUUGCUCAUUGGCAUAUACUUCUUUGUGUUCUCUGUUAAAAAAUAAAAAUGCCGGGCACCUCUGUACUUUCUCUUCUGUUGCUCAGAGAACUAAAUAUGAAACAAAAAGUGAAAAAGUGAGGUUUCACUUGUAGGCUAGAUAUGAAAUUUUAACUUUUGUCAUUAUUUGCGUAUGCCGGAGUUAAUUAUUUAGAGAAAUGUAACUUUGUGAUUGUUGGAAGAUAGGGUGCAUCAUUUCUUUUCUUGUGGUACUUUGUAACAGCUGAUACUCAACGCCAUCUAAUUCUGAACAUAAUAUGUAGUUCUGAUUGUUUCGUUGCUAUGGUUUGAAUUGUAUUUGAUAAGAUGCAGAUCACCUAGCAUAUAAUAUUAUUAGUGUGCCAUCUCAGUGGCUCAGACAUUUUGUGAACAUACAAUACCACAUCUCCUUUCUCUUUACAAACAGUUUAUUUUCUGAUCAACUUAAAUAAUAACUGAAAAAGUUCACUUAGGUGUGUAAAAUAUUUUUCAUGAAGUGCAUUGUACGUGUGUGUGUGUGUGUGUGUGUGUGUGUGUGUGUGUGUGUGUGUGUGUGUGUGUGAGAGAGAGAGAGAGAGAGAGAGAGAGAGAGAGAGAGAGAGAGAGAGAGAGAUAGAGAUUCAAUAUCUGUCAGUCUGAUUAAGAAAAUGGAACAACAAUGGCAUUAGUUAUUAGAACUUACAAUAAUUUUGUCUUUACAUGUCCAUAGGUGAGUUAUUUGAAAAUUUUAAUUGCCCCCCCCCCUCCCCCCAAAGGUCAUUUAAGUGACAUACAAGGCAAAUUGGUGUCAACCUACUGACAUAAAAUUUGGAGUUUUUUUCCCUUUUCAUUAAAUCUCCCAGUUGGGAUUGUUUGGUUUGAUAUACUGUCAAUUCACCUCUGAAUGCUAGAUCUGUUCCGUAUCAUGUUUGCAAUUGUUGUUAGUGAAUAUAAUUUGUUAUUUUCUGUAACUACAGAUUACUGUUCGUUGUUGUGGAACAAAUUCUGUGGUAUGAAAAUUUAAUUAUGAAAAGAGAUACAAGGUAUUAAAGCUUCUAAAAGCUUUUUUGUUUUUAAACGGGAUUUGAAUGGUGUAAAGUAUCACCUAUGGAAUUGAUCUCAUCGAGUGUCUAUUGCACGGUUUUCAGUAGCAUCUCAUUUCCAUUUGAGAAAAUAGGACCAACCCAAAUACAGCAGCAAUUUUUUUAUAAUUUAGUAACUGUUUGUGUAAUAGGCUCCAGCUCUGGAAAAUACUCAUUUACAGUUCGGGAGGUGGCCUGUUACCAGUUAGGAGCUAAAGCUAAUUUCUUACUUUGGUUUGUCAGUCGUGUGCUAUCUGAGCCUGAGCUUCCACAAUUUUAAUGUCUUCCUCUGUAUGCUAAAUGUGAAUUCUUUUUUGAUUAUGCUGCAAAGUUUUGUGUCAGUGCCAUCAAAAUUUUGUAACUUUUUUCCAUUAUUUUUGUCUUACAAUAGCAUGAACUUAUUGUUCUUUGCUAAUAGAGGUAAUUUUGCUGGUUGUUUAAUUUCAUGACAUAUUGAUAUUGGUAUUGUAAGUUGCAACAAACUGAAAUGAUGCACCUUUCUUUAAAAUAUGAAGAUUUUUGUAACUGUUAUAGUGCAAGUGAGUUUGUUCAGUCAGUAAGAGAUAAGUUGCCACAGAGUUGUAAAGAUAGUUUCAGACUGUCAUCAUUAUUUAGUUAUCAGCUGCUAGCUUGCAAUUUUACUCAAUGCUCAAGUAAAGAUGAUGGGAAUAGCUUCCCUUUAAUAAUAAUAAUAAUAAAAUAAUAAUAAUAAAAAUAAUAAAAAUGAUCUGCAUACUUCUCCUUCACACAAAGAUAUGUUUAGACUAACUUUCUUAAUUCUUCAGCAUCAGUGAUAGAUCGUCAAACAUACAUGAAAUGGCCAUUUUUCUCUAAUCAGUAUUAUAACUACGAGCAACUUAUGUAAAAAGGAUGCACUUAUUAUUAUUAUUAUUAGUGAUUUUCAGUCUUUUAUUGAUGGUCUGUGGAAAGACUUUGCAUAUGAUAAAAAUAAGACUGAACUGCAGAGCUGCACGUAUACAUAGGACAAAGAUGCCUUUGAUUAUCACUCUUAAACAUGAUGGUUAUCGUUAUAUUUGUUGUUAAUUGAUUUUAAUGUUGCUGCAGUACUUAUAAAAAUGCUUUGUAAUUAGUGACAUUGUUUAUAAACUAAUAAUGGUAAUUCAUUUGUAGAAAUGUAAUCGCCAUUAGCAUAGUGCUAAUUCCCCUGUGGGGAAAUAAAAGCUCGAGGUAAUUUUCUUGUUUACAUUAAUAAAAUGAAGCUGUAACAAGAGCCUACUAAUUAAAAAUUGUGUGAUAAACUAUUUGAAAACUAAUGUGGAAUUAUAUGGAUUAAUUGGUGAUUUUCUAAUAUCAUUUGGUGCGUUGCCUGAAAUUUGCAUGCUAACCCAAAGGCAUCUUCGUUCUUCCAAUAUUACAAGUGGAAUUAUGUUUAAUAUUAAUUUGGUUUACACUCUUGCUGAUGCUUCUGUAUACUUUUCCAAACAUUCCAAAAACUUGAGCAUUACCUGAUGUAAACAAGUGUGUUUGUUUUUUUACAUUUCUGAGUGCUGUUUCGAGGUAUAUAUAUAAUAUAUGUACCUUGAAUAGGAAUAGAAAAUAGUUUUGACAUAUACAGUGGUAAAAGUUAUCCCUUUUGUAUACAGACUGAGACUUAGUAAAUAGUCAGCUGCUGAUAUGAUAUUUUAUUCUCCUUUGUCUGUGAUUUAUUUGUGUUUUUGUUAAUAUUUUAGUUGGAUCAGUGAUAUUAAUGACGUGUUUGUCAUGUUGGAUUAAUGGUCUCUGUACACUCUAUUUAUUGAUACAUUGUACAUAUGAACUCUUGUUGCUGAUAAUACAGACAAGUUGGCCGUAUUAAAGUGUGCCUUUAUUCUGAAA